AUGGAAGUCGUCACAAAGGCAUGGGAAUCAGUAGAUUGGGAAAGACUCCAGGCUAGAGUCGAAGCUGAAGUAUCGGCUCUAGGCGUACGACAAGAUGAUAGUGAUGUGAGAAAAGGACGACUUGUCGAAGAGAGUAAUGCGUACAAGGACAGAACCAAUAAGGAGAACCGAAAGUUGGCAAUUCCUUUGAUAAAAGCGUUUCAAAGUGAAUUCGAAGGACUACUAGCAAGAAGUUCAGCUGCUGAAUCUGCUCUUAUCGAUAUCUGUGGAUCAAUUAUCAAUCUUCCAGAUCCUAAAACAUUACUCAAAAGUGCAGAAGCUUGGAAGACUGACGCUGAGAAAACACAAAAGGCAGUGGAGGAACGAGAAGAACUUAAUCGCCAGUUGUUAAAAGUGAAUAACGAAUUGGAAGAUUUACGUGGAAAGGAUGUCAAAGUGCGAAAGUUGAAAGACAAACUCGCUAAAUUAGAAUCUGAGCAAGACACUUUCAUUGAAAACGCAGUGAGUGAAGUUGAAAAAAAGGCGGAGCUUGAAUUGAACACACGCCUGGCUGAACUUAUCGCCGAAAGAGAUAAGAUGAAAGAGCAGAACGAAGUCUUGGAGAAGAAUUUGGAUACUCUUGAAUCUAAAAAUAAAGACAUUCAAAGAAAACUCGAGAUUGCCAAGAUGACUGUAGAGCAGAAGGAUGGAUUGGAGAACGAGCAGUUGUCGAUUGCUUUAAAAGAUCUAUCUGAUGCAAAUCACAGGAUCUUGAUUCUCGAAGAGCGUAUAUCUCAAUUAGAAAGAGAAGCUGAAAAAGUGAAUGAGAGUAAAAAGGCGGGAAAAAUUGAGGAUAUUGCUGCUCUCGGAAGUGUCCUCAUUCAAAAGGAUGAAGUCAUUCAACAGCUGACUGAUGACAUGAAACGAGCCGAAUCGAAACACGCUGAAGACGCCGCUAAAUGGAAGGCGGCAAUUUCGAACGGAGAAAAGAAGAAUCAAUUGUUGGUUGGCGAAUUGAAUGAGCUCAAGAACACAUUAGAGGAGCGAAACGACUACGAAGCUAUCAGAAAUGAGCUGAGACUUCUUCGAGAAAUUGAAUUCGGUGCAGCAGCUGAAGCAAAUGCUGAAUCUAUUGAGAGUCUUGGCCAAACUGUAGAGUCAUUGGAUCGUUUACUUGCUGAAAAGAAUCGGCGCUUGCAAAAUGAGAAUGCACAUUUACGAGUGACAAAUGAAGGAUUCAAGGGAGAUGAAAUAAUGAAGACGAUUGUUAAUGGAGGUGUUUCCCGUGUUGUGGAAACUGUUGGAAAGCAAAUAGGUGCAGAAGAAGCAGCAAAGUUCCACAAAAAGAACACUGAUGCGGAGUUGAUCGCGACGAUUCAAGAAGCGAAACACUUAAAAAUGGAGAACGAAUUAAAAUACGAGGAUCCGAAUAUUGAUGUUCUCACUUAUCUGAAAAAUCAAAAAGCCAAGGAAACUCGAAAAACGACAGUAACUCCAGUUGUCACUCCUUCAUCAGUUAAACAAGUCACUAAACUAGGAACGCAUACCAUCACAACGACUGCACUUCCCCCGCAAACUCUUCUCCAACGACUCUCAAAUGGUAAUACAUUACCGAAAAAUGACUUACGAAUGGAUGAAGAUUUGAAAUUGUCAACUGUUCUGAACUUAAAACGAUUCGCUCCGAGUUCUUCAAAGUUACCUGAAACCAAGACAACAGAGGAACAAGAAAAAGAAAACGAAAUCAUAGAGAAGAUGCAGAAACGUAUACAGUCCAAUGUGCAAUCUAUCAAUGGGCAUCCAUUGAACACUACUGAAAUUGCCUCGCAUUGCAAGAGGCUCAUGAUAGCUUACAAUAUUGGUCAAAGGCUUUUUGCAAAACACGUCAUGAAUCAAGUUGUGAAGUCUCAAGGAUCUCUUUCUGAAUUACUUUCCAAACCGAGACACUGGAAUAAGCUAACCGAUAAAGGUCGAGAAGCGUUUCGUAGGAUUUACGGAUGGAUUAGUGAUGAUGAGGCUAUAAAUUUGCUCUGCUCGCUCAGUCCGAGACGUGUCUGGCCAGCGGAUCAAAACAUUGAGCAUCCAAAGGCUGAGACUCUUCUUGAUAAAACAUGCUCCCAUGAAUACAAAGAAGAUCCCGUUGUAAAUCUUGAAGUUAUUUCAAAAGUAGAACCUGUUGCUGAGACUCCAAUUUCGUUGAAGCCAUCACCUGAAAGUUCUGGAGGACAACUGAAGUCUCGAUGGAAGCAUGAUGAUAUUUCAAAAGAGAAAAUUCUGAGCAUUUUACAAACGGAAUUGAAAAAAAUUGAAGAGGAAACAACUGCAGACAAAAACGUUGUUCCCCCGAAACCAGUUAUAGUUCAAAAUCGUCGAUGCUCAGUUUCAAUUCCUUAUGAAGUAACGACUCUUCCUUCAAAAACUAGGCCUACUGCUGUUGAGCUUGUAUUAAAACAAAGAAUGGCAAGCGGACUAAAACCUCUCACUCAAGCACAGUAUGACAAGUACACCAUAUUGGAUACUGAGUUGCUUGUGAAACAAAUCAAAGAGUUUCUAACUGUCAACUCAAUGUCUCAAAGACAAUUCGGAGAAUUUAUUCUCGGACUUAGUCAAGGAAGUGUAUCGGAUCUCUUGGCACGACCAAAGACUUGGAUUCAGUUGACACAGAAAGGACGUGAGCCAUUCAUCAGAAUGCAGUUGUUUAUGGAUGAAGUAGCAGGAGUCGAAGAAAAAGACGGAAAACAGCCAACUAUUACUGUAUGUGACGAUGAUAGUGAUCUGGCGAAAACAUUGGCGUCACUUCUCAGUAACGUUAGCAACCCUAUCGAGAAUAAUGAAGUCGCGGAACCUGUAAAGCCUGAGCCGGUAUCGGAAAUUGCAUUGAUUAUGGAACGACAAAGUGCAAGUUCUCGCGAUGAAGUCGUCAAAUACAUCGACUCACUAUCAGGAGAAGAAAUUCUGGACUCGAUUGAAAUUGUUUAUCGUGUCAAAGGAGUUUUAGAAGAUCACGGAAUAUCGCCAAGAGUUUUCGGUGACGAAUAUCUUCACUGCUCUCCAUCCAUGUGUGCCGAUUUGAUGAUUCGAACAAAGCCAUUUGAACUCGCUAAAUCGACUGAGAAGGUGAUGUAUCAUCGGAUGAGAAACUUUUUGAAUGAUCCUUCCGCGAUUCCUGAUUUAGUCAAAAAAGAAGAAGCAAAAGAUAGUGUUAAAGAGAAACUUGAAUGUUUGCUCCGUGAAACACCUCGUCCUGUGAAAAGAAAAGCAUCAUCUGAUUUGGAAGAUUCGGAGAAAAAACCAAUUCAACGUACGGUUAUCACUGACUAUCAAAAAGAUGUUCUUCGAUUUGUUUUUGUUAAUGAGCUGCAUCCAUCAAAUGAGAUGUGUGAGCAGAUUUCUACGAAAUUGGACAUGUCACUUCGAACAGUGCAAAACUGGUUCCACAAUCACCGAACUCGAAGUAAAGCAAGAGAAAAAGAAGGAAAAAUUUACUCUGACGCGCUUCCCAAUGGGAUCGCAGUGAGAAGUGAUACAUGGAAAGAUGAUCUUCAAAAAAUGCUUGAUGAUGCCCCGGCUGUCACGCAGCAAUGGGCACCUGACUACUAUCCACGCUCCGGUUCUGUCAAAAGUUCCACUUCUGUGGAUUCUCCGAACAAUAACAAUUAUGAUCCACCAGUUUUCACAUUCGAUAAACCAGUCUCCACUCCUAUUCCCAUAACUGCUACACUCAAAAAACCAUCAUCUGGAGUUCGAACAAACGAGCAAGAAGCCGAACUUCUCACACUCAAAGAAAAAUCAGAAAGCGAUGAUCGUCUGAUUGCUCAGCUCGAGAAUGACUUGGCAAGUGCCGUUCAAGAUUUCGGAAUAACCGAAAGAAUGGGAACAAAUGAAAUGUUGAAAGAUGCACCUCCAAAAAUCUCAGAUGCUUCUCUCAUUCCUAUUCUGACAUCGCAACGAAAUCGUCUUCAUGAAAAAGUUACAAGUUUAGAAGAAGCAGUUUCGGUGGAAAAGACUAAACAGCUUUCAAUACAAAACGAAGUCGAAAGAGUUAGAGAAGAGAAUAUCAGAUUGUGUGAGAGAAUUAGAUUCCUGCAAGCCCCAAAUCGCCAAGGACCCAAUUCCAUCGAGUCUGGUCUUGGAAAUGAAUCUGCCGGUCGGAACCGAAGACUUACUCUUCAUGAUAAAACUACUCUUAACAUGGGGCGUGCAAUUCUUUCAACUCCAAGAAGUCGUACUAUAUUCUUCUCGUAUCUCCUCAUUCUCCAUGCUCUCAUUAUGCUGGUAGAAUAG